GGAGAAAUGUGAAAAAUCCCGAGGCUCGGUGUUUGAUGGCGCGCGGAGGCCUGAGCGCGGCGGAGUGACGGAGCUCGCGGACCCGCGGCAGAGGACUUUCCUGAGCAGGCUUUUCUUGGAUGGAGAGAGACAUUAAAUCCCUCCACGUUCUGCUGCUUUGCUAAAUCCGCCAGAAAGAGAAGACCGGCGACUACACCACAGUCGUGUUUCGUCUGCGAGAGGAUGUGGUGCCAGCUUUCACCCGUUUAAUGGACACGCCUCUUAAAGAGAGCAACUUGUACAUCCUGACAUAUUUGAUGCAGACUCUGCGGGGUACUAACGACAUCAGCAGUCAGGAACACCAAGGAACGAGAGCUCAAGAUGGAUGGUUUCUCCAUCUCGAUGGGAGACAACACAACGGGCUCUCAGGCCCAGGUCAAGCAUUUCUAUAAAAAGGAGGAUGGUGGAGGAAGUGGGAGGGGCUUAUGCAAAGCAGACAGAGGUGCCAAUCCUGAAGAGGCAGCACUCCAAGAAAACGCGGCCUCGUUUAAUAGAGAGCAGAUCAUCGUUGAAGUGAACCUUAACAACCAGACCCUGAAUGUUUCCACAGGGUCAGAGGGCAAGACCAGAGAGCGAGGUCAGGCUCGGCACUGCACGACUAGUGAUGAAGAUAAAGACUACGAGCAGAGGCAGGAGGAGAUGGAAAUAAGCACGGACGAGGACAAGGAUGAUGAUGACGAAGACGACGACGAAGAGGAUGACGAAGACGACGAUGAUAAUGAAGAGGAGAACGAUCUUGGCAUCCCGGAGGUUCCUCAGGCUAUCAUGGAUAGACCGAGGCGUGCGACGAGAGCGAGCGCCGUUCCUUUGUGCCAGGGCCUGACGCAGGGGAAGAAGGAACAGGAGAGCCUGGGUCAGAAGGUGAAGCUGGAGGAGAAGCAGCACUUCGCUUGCAAGAAGUGUCCGCGUGUGUUUAACAACCGGUGGUACCUGGAGAAACACACCAACGUCACACACAACCGCAUGCAGAUCUGCAACAAGUGCGGCAAACGCUUCCUACUGGACAGUGAGCUGCUGCUGCAUCAUCAGACCAGCUGUGAGAAGAGCAUACAGUGUGUGACGUGUGGGAAGGCGUUUAAGAAGUUAUGGUCCCUCCACGAGCACAACAAGGUCGUUCACGGCUACGCCGAGAAGAAGUUCUCCUGCGAGGUGUGUGAGAAGAAGUUCUACACCAUGGCGCAUGUCCGGAAGCACAUGGUGGCCCACACGAAGGACAUGCCGUUUACAUGUGAGACUUGCGGGAAGUCGUUUAAGCGCAGCAUGUCUCUGAAGGUGCACUCUCUGCAGCACUCUGGGGAAAAACCCUUCAGGUGUGAGAACUGCAGUGAACGUUUCCAGUAUAAGUACCAACUUCGCUCUCACAUGAGCAUCCACAUCGGUCACAAGCAGUUCAUGUGCCAGUGGUGCGGCAAAGACUUCAACAUGAAGCAGUACUUCGACGAGCACAUGAAGACCCACACUGGCGAGAAGCCGUAUAUAUGCGAGAUCUGCGGGAAGAGCUUCACCAGCCGCCCCAACAUGAAACGGCACCGGCGCACGCACACGGGCGAGAAGCCGUACCCGUGCGACGUGUGCGGCCAGCGCUUCCGCUUCUCCAACAUGCUCAAAGCGCACAAGGAGAAGUGCUUCCGGCUCAGCGGCUCUUUAGGAGACGACAGCAGCGUGACCUCGCAGGGUGAAGGGUCACACCGUUCCUCUCUUCCUCUCCUCCACUCCAUUAGUGGCCUUCCUUCUCCUCCUUCUCCUCCUCCUAAUUUGUUCUCCAAAUCAAGUAAUGACUAACUUCAGCGAAAACCUGGAACUAUUUUUUUUUUGUUUGUUUUUUUGUUUACCGUGGUGAACCAAAAGCAGUAGGUGGGUGAUGUCAUGCGCAGCCCAGAGGAGUCUGAAUGAUGUAGCAGACUUUUGAAACAGUGUGUGACGCUGUGUGAACUCAUUCUUAAGAGAUAUUUUAUACAGUAUAUCCUAUAUAAGAUUGGAUCCUUAUCCUACAUCCUACUCAAAAAAUUUUUUUUGUCUCAACUAAUCCAUCAUCGUGGUGAAGUUCUCAUGUGCAGCUGAUUGCGCAAAUAAUAUUACAAUGUCAUUACAGACUGUAUGUCCUGUCCGGUGUGUGUGUGUGUGUGUGUGUGUGUGUAGAUGCUGGAAACGCGGCUCUGCUCUCUGCUGCCAGAGAAAUCCCCAGUCUUACAGCUCAUGUGUCCAGCCAGCAGAGGGCGCCACGUUACCAAGCAGCAAUGCAAAAGAGCUUUAUCACGAGAAGGUGCGAU